UUGCUUGAAGGGAAAGCUUUCAAGUAGGACACUGCCUGCAGAUCCCAGUAGCUCUCGUACUUCCUUUUUUGGAUUUCACCGCUGUCUUCAUAACCUUCACCAAUUUCGACCAACUUUUCUAGGCUUUAAUUUUCUGGUAAUCCGCUUGCACCAACAUGUCAUACAUUAGCUCAUGAACCCUUCCAACUUGCUGGGCUGUCAGCACAAUUAACCCUUGGCGGGCAGCGAUACUAGGGGCGCGGCUUGGCCACCAUGGACCUUUCGUUAGCUGUUGGCGAUGUCCUGACACCACAGCAACAUGGCGGCAGCCCGCGGAUGGGCUCUGUAUGGAACCGGGAGGUGCAGCGUAAAUCGCCAGACGCGCUAACAGCAGUGCGCAAAUCGCUCAGCAAUGGUUUUUCGACGCCGGCCCCAGAGGUCAACAAACGACGGACCGCAGCAGAGUUCAUCAAGCAGUGCACAGGACAGGACCUGCCCUACAGCAAUGAUUUAAAUUUCCGGCAAGGCUUGCGGGACGGUGUCCUUCUGUGCGAGACACUGAACAAGGUGGUUCCACAUGCCGUUAAGAUCGUCACCGGACCGGAGGCGGGGAACAGCAACGUGCGGGCAUUCCUAUCCUACAUCAGCGACACUAUGCAGUUCCCCAGCGAGGCCAAGUUCUCGCUGCAGGACCUGCUUAGCGAGGACUACGAUGACAGGCCGCGCAUCGUCGACUGCUUGCUGUGGUUGAAGAAGCUCCACUGCGGCCACGACCCCUCGCCUUCACCUUUCCCCUACGCGGCGUUGCGGGAGCCAAGUGACAUUCGCGCGGUUCGCGACAGCCCCGGGAAGUCAGACUUUUCCACGGCAUUAACGCAGCACGGGACGAAGUCGCAAAUGGCUGUGUUAUCAGCCGCAAACACAGGCAGGGCCGUUGCCGCUGUGCCCCCAAGCGCCGCCAUGGCAGCAAUCUGCAACGACAUUUCCAGGAGCCUGGUGUCGCGCCUCACGCCCGGAGUCCCCGCUGCCUCGACCAAGUACGACACUAUCAUCUCAAACGUGAUGGAGCAGUUCCUCAACGGUCUCAGCGUCGAGUACGAGCGGCGGCUACUGGCCAAGGAUCAGGAGCUAAACAACAGCAAGGAGGCGUUGGCUCGCCUCAACAGGGAGCUGGAGGCGCUGCACAAGCAGCUUAACAACAUCGCUGGCGAGGUCGCGGAGCAGAAACGCAAGGAGGUGGAGGAGCAGAAGCGCAUUGAGCUGGAGGCGUCGUUGCAGCGCACACGAGACCUGGAGGAGGAGCUCGCGCGGACACGGCAGCAGCUGCAGGAGGUUAUGGAGGCGCUAACGGAGUCCGAGGCCAAGCUGGCCAGUUUCGACAGCUUGCAGAGCGAAAAGGAGGCGGCGUGGCAGAAGAGGCUGGAGGAGGCGGCGGCAAGCCAGCAGGAGCUCUCGUUCCUCAAGCAGCGCUGCAAAGAGCUUCGUGACGAGAACUGCAAGCUGUACAACACAGUGCAGGACCUGAAAGGCAGCAUCCGCGUUUACUGUCGUGUUCGACCCCUCGGCACCACUGGCGACACCGCCCCGACCUGCUUGGACGUGGGCAUGGAUGGCGAGCUGGCCAUUUAUGACAAGAGCGGGGAACGCAAAGUCUACAAGUUCGAUCGGGUCUUCAGCGGCGACGUCACGCAGCAGAGGGUGUACGAGGACGUGCAGCCGCUGAUCCGCAGCGUGAUGGACGGCUUCAACGUUUGCAUCUUCGCCUACGGCCAGACGGGCAGCGGCAAGACGCACACCAUGACGGGCAGCCAGGAAGACGUGGCGGAGUUCCGCGGCAUCAACUAUCGCGCGCUUGACGACCUCUUCACGCUUGGGUCCCAGCGCUCGGAGGACAUCGACUACACCAUCAAGGCGCAGAUGCUGGAAAUCUACAAUGAGAGCAUCCGUGACCUGCUGACGGAGGAAACGGGAUCCUCUGGCAAGCUGGACAUCCUCUCCACGCAGCCGUCGGGGCAAAACGUCCCGGCCGCCAAGCAGGUGGAGGUCACCAACACAGCUGACGUGUUGGAGAUGAUGCGGUUGGGCGCGCGCAACCGUCACAGUGCCGAAACCAAGAUGAACGAGCGCAGCAGCCGCAGCCACCAGGUGCUUACGAUCAUUGUGACCGGAACCCACCGGUUCAACAACUCGCGUACCCACGCAUGCCUGCACCUGAUCGAUCUGGCGGGCAGUGAGCGCACCGACAAGUCCGGUGUGGAGGGCGAGCGCCUGCGCGAGGCCAACUCCAUCAACACCAGUCUGUCUGCGCUGGGCACGGUGAUGCACAGCCUGGCGUCCAAGUCUAAGCACGUGCCCUUCCGCAACAGCAAGCUCACGGAGCUGCUAGCAGACAGCCUGUCGGGUCAGGCGAAGGUUUGCAUGCUGAUGCACGUCGCGCCGGAGAACUCGAGUUUUGGCGAGACUGUGUCAACGCUUAACUUCGGCAACCGAGUUGCUUCUGUCACGCUGGGCCAGGCCAAAUGUAACGUGGAGAGCGGCAAGGUGUUCGAGGCGCAUGAAGCCAUCACCAAGAAGGACAGGCAGCUGUCGGACCUGAAGGAACAGCUGCAGGCCUCCCGCGAGCGUGAGGCUUCUGCACACCGACAGAUGCUAGAACAGGCGUCCGUUAUACAAAACUUGCGGUCCCAGGUGGCGGCAUUGCAGGCGGAGUCGGGGCAGCCGCCGCUGACGGCACGCAGCGAAUCGUUGCGGACCUCCACGUACGGAGGACAGGAGCGGCAGGAGCGAGCGGACUCGGCGGCAUCAACACCCGCUAGCUAUAGCCGUGGCAACAAGCCGCCCACUCCGCACAACCAAACCGGGCAAGGCAGCACCCCGGUGCGCGGGGCAACCAGGGUCCGCACCCCUACUCGCGAGGCAAAGGCCGCCGAGCAGCCUCCCCCGCAGCAAGGGCAGCAACAGCAGGUACCGGUGCAGACGCCACGGUCGCAGUUAGUCCGGAACCCGACUCCCCCUUCCCUAAACGCACACUCGCGGUCAGUGCCGUUGGUGUCUGUUCGCAGCAGCGGCUCGCUUCCACCCAAUGGUGCGCAAAGUGCUGAUCAGCCGGGCGUGCCGCCGCUGCCAAGCGCACCCCAGACGGACAAGCAUGUGCCCCUGAACGCGCUGCGUGUAAACCGCGGACAAAACCAAGCCACCGCUUCUUUGAGCAGUACUGCGACGGCGGGCACGAAGAUUGUGGCGCCGCCUGCCCGGCCGCUCCCGGUUCCACGGCUUGACACCGCGAAGGCGUCCAACGUUCCGUCUGUGCCAUCCGGCAGCAUGUCGGCCCGACCCAGCGGCAGGCAUACGAGCAGCACGGCUGGCAUUGGCAGCAACAGCCCAAGCGCUUUUGCAAAUGCUUUCCAGCAGGCCUCGGCAGCUGCCUCAAAACCUGCGCCUCAGCCGCAACAGCGUCCGUCGACAAGCCGGUCAAGCAGCGUGUACGGUGGAGCAAGUGGCAACGCGGGGAUGGCGGCUACGGCUGCGGCUUCGGACGCCAAGCCUGUCAAGGCUCCCAUGUCUAGCCGCCACAGUGGCGGAUGGAAGUAGCGUGGCAUGGUGGCGUGUUGUUUCCAGCAAUUAGGUGUAUUGUAGGGCAUGCAUGCGUUCUUUUCAGGCACGGAAAGAGAUAGGAGGUUGCAUCGGGCCGCAAUGUAACGGGACAAGAGUUACAGGGUGUAACUAUGUAUCAGUGACAUGGGUUAGGAGUACCACAUUUGUUCACGUUGUGGAGGGCAACAUCCUGUGAAAAUAUCGGUUGAUGCAAGGAUUAGCUGUUUGGGGGGGGGCGGCGUUGAUGGUAUCUAUCUGCGCGUGUGCAGUAUGAGAGUGUGGUGGAUGCACGUGACGCCGCUUCUUGACCUGUGUUCCUAAGUGGAUGCAGUUUCUGCCAUGGCUGACGUUGCAGCAACUUGGUCGUGAUCAUUUUACUAGCAAGCCUUCGCAGUUGAUGUGCUUAUGUGGGCUUGAACAGUUUGAUUUCAGCUUUCAGUUUCAUACCCUCGCUAGAACCCGCAACCGGCUUGGUGCCGUCUCCACACCACCAGUUACGGUGCGGGUGCACGAAGCUGACUUGGGGUCAUAAUGUCAGACAGUGUCGCUUGCUACGAGUUAGGUUAGGUAGGUGUGUAGAGAGACUCUUACGUCCUCGAAAGCGCGUGUGCAAUAACAGGGUAGCAUACUGAAGGCGUUAUUUUGAUCGUUGGCUGGAUGGUGUACGGCGUUGCAGCAGCAGGUUACAUGGACCGCUAUUUAUUAUGGGCAUCCCGUGUGUCACGCGGUCAUCACACACGAUGUUCCGCAGUGAGUUGCCUAGUUAGGCGCUGGCCUGGUGACCACAUGCACCGUCAUUCAUCACGGUAACUAUGGCAGUGGAACUACCGGUAUAACCAAUCCGCCAUUCCCUCCGUGUGCUCCAGACGUGGCACAUGGAUAUCCGGUAAAGCUUCA